AUGGCGCUUAUCGUUGACAAGCACCGGCCACGCUCUCUCGACGCCCUGACUUAUCACGGGGAGCUCUCCGCGCGAUUGCGUUCUCUGGCGCAAAGCGGCGAUUUCCCACAUCUCCUCGUCUACGGCCCCUCGGGAGCAGGAAAGAAGACGCGAAUCGUAGCAACUCUAAAAGAACUGUACGGGCCCGGUGUCGAGAAGAUAAAGAUCGACGCCCGCGUCUUCCAAACGAGCAGCAACCGCAAGCUCGAAUUUAACAUUGUCUCCUCCGUAUAUCACCUCGAGAUCACGCCCUCCGAUGUCGGAAACUAUGACCGCGUUGUCGUCCAGGAUCUGCUCAAGGAGGUCGCGCAAACACAACAGGUGGACCAGUCGGCGAAGCAGAAGUUCAAGGUCGUGGUCAUCAACGAGGCAGAUCAUCUGACGCGCGAUGCCCAGGCUGCCCUGAGACGGACAAUGGAGAAGUACAGUACAAACCUGCGACUGAUUCUCCUGGCGAAUAGCACAGCGAAUAUCAUUGCCCCGAUUCGGAGUAGAACGUUGUUGGUGCGGGUUGCAGCGCCGACGAUUCAGGAGAUCUCAGCGGUGUUAGCAGAGUCGGCAAAGAAGGAGGGCUGGCCAUCUGUAAAGGGGCUGCACAAGAGAAUUGCUGAGGAGAGUGGACGGAAUCUGCGGCGGGCGUUGUUGAUGUACGAGGCGGUGCAUGCUCAGAAUGAGAAAGUUGCAGACGAUACCCCCAUCCCCCCGCCGGACUGGGAAGCCUUGAUCAGCCAGAUCGCAAAAGACAUCAUGGAAGAGCACACGCCCGCACGCAUUCUGCAAGUCCGAUCGAAGCUGUACGACCUGCUCACACACUGCAUACCGCCAACGACCAUCUUGAAAACCCUCACAUUCAAGCUCAUCCCUCUAAUCGACGACGAUUUGAAAUGCGAGGUGAUCAAGUGGUCGGCCUUUUACGAACAUCGCAUAAAGAUGGGAUCCAAGGUGAUCUUCCACCUCGAGGCGUUCGUUGCGAAGUUUAUGCGAAUCCUGGAGAUGUACCUCAUGCAAAUGGACCUGUAA